UCUUUUUCUCUGCUUCUUUCAUACUUCUUUCGUCCUGGUGCCACUGGUUUCGCCAGGCAAAGAGAUGCAGACGUGCAGCCUCAUUCGCCGGGGCUCCUCCGAUGGCGGCGGAGCCCUUAGCCUCAGCUUCCUCUUACUACCUCUUCCGGCGAGAAGACCCCUCUACUUAUCUUGGAUCGGCUUCGGCCGCGACCGUCUCGGCGGCGGUGCUGGGCGAGUGGCUGCGGCGGCCUCCGCGGCGAAUGGAGGAGCCUAUCAGGACCACUACGCUGUUCUUGGAAUCCGAAGGAAUGCCACCGCAGCUGAAGUCAAGCGCGCGUAUCGGUUGCUUGCUAGAGAGCAUCAUCCAGAUGUUAGCCGGGAUCAGCAGGCCAGUGAAAUUUUCAAGAAAAUUCGCUUGGCGUAUGAGGUGCUAUCCGAUGAAGUCGAGCGAGCAAGGUAUAACUUGACAUACGAGUUCCCAGGUGCCACUGACCAAUCAAGGAGAACUUGGACCCUCCAUCCCAACCAUGACAACAGAAGGACCUACAAAUGGGAAGAACUCAAGAAGCAUAUGCAGAACAGAAGGCAGAAGAACAAUGAACCUUCUUGGAGCUAUCAAACUGAAGCAUACCAAGAGACGAGUUCCUACGAAAGAGAACCCUUCGCCGAAGUUCUCCGGUUCGCCUUCUUCGUUCUCUUCUUCAUGCAGACCGUCGGUUGUCGAGCGUCGCUUACGCUCUGUGGAAUAUCCGCUUUGCUCGACAAGCAAUUGGAUGCUGGUUAUAAAAUGGGCUAUGUGGUAGCUUGGCUUUUGGGUGGCAGGGCAGGUAUCUUACUCACAUUAUGCAUAUAUUUUGCAAGCUGGCUCUGUGGGAAGAGCAGCAGCAGCAUUGUUGCUUUGGUGGUGAUGGCAAUGUGGGUUGGGGCUAACAUAACCAGAUUUGCUCCUAUUCCUCAGGGUGCAGUUCUUACUUUGCUUUACAUGUCUAUGAAGCUGCAGGUUGAUUCCAAGCAAACAAGGUAAGGACCAUAUAACUUCUUUUGUUACUUUAUAUGCUCUGUAUAUAUCUGUAAUUGAGGGAGCACCAACAAAUUUUUUUUUACUCUAUUUCUUAAGUUUUGUAUGGCAUAUUGGUAUAGCUUUAUCAUGCUAAUCGUUUUUGUGUGAGAACUGCACAAAAUUCUAUUC